AUGGCUGCUACUUGCAAAUUGCCCCUUAUCUUUGUUGGUCUCCAAUGUCCCCUAGUUCGCCUCUCUCCCUUUUCAUCCACCCGCCAACCCGUUCGUGCCGUUUUAGCUGCUUUCCAAUUACCUGACGAGGACAUUACUUUGAAUAUCCCUACCCGUACAUCCCCAAUUUACUUUCACACCCCCCCACGGCCUCCCACCCUUCUACGUCCCGGAUCUACACUUUUGCUUCCCUGCCUUGGACAAUCCUCGACACCAUCUCCGUGA